AUGGAACAGCUGCUGAAGUUGCUGCCCAAGUUGAGCAAUCAUCUCAGGAAGGUCUUUACCUUUUUCAUUCGUAUUUCUCUAGCAAAAAAUAGAAUGCCUAAUUAUUCCGAAGUGAAAUAUUGUAAAAUGAACUUUUUUUGUAAUUUCAAUCAAGAAUUCGCAUCUAUUCUCUGACAGAAGCUUUUUCGCGCAUAUAAUAUAUAUUUUUCAAAAAAAUGCUAUAUCUCGAACAGAAAAAAAGCAGCUUUUGAAUGAAUAAAAGGUUUCAAAGUUAGUUUUCCAGAAAUUAGAUCAAGUUUCCACGGAAGUUUUUUUUUUUUGAAACGUGUGUCCAGCUGGAAUUUUUCUUUGAUACGAAAUUAGAAAUUCAGGGAGAUUGUGGAAAAAUUGGUAUCAUUGGCGGUUCGAUGGAAUACACUGGUGCUCCAUAUUUCGCCGCCUCGUCGGCUGCAAGAUUGGUUAAUAAUUCGGAUCAUAAACUAAAAUUUCUCAAUUUAAAUAAGUUUUUCGAGCUCUGCGGGUUCGCGUUCCAGCCUUUGGAAGAGACUCACUUGCACUUGCAUUUAUCUUCAUUUUAGUUCUAGAUGGGAUUUUUCUUGAAAUAUUGAUAUUGUAGAUAUUUUUCUGGCUAUUCUUGGAUGAAUACCAGCCAGAAAAUUGAUUUUAUUUACUAUAAACGUUCAAUCUCGCUUUUUGCGCGUCGCUUUUCAUGCCUCGCGUGCACUGCGUACAACACAUUUUAUUUUCCGCCGUUGUGGUGGGUGUGACGUCGGUUUGGUGUCGCCGUGACUUGUAGAAAAAUCCGAAAGAAAUGGAUUUCAGAUUCCUGAAAUUAAAAAACACGAUUUCCAGGGCGCCGAUCUGAUUCACGUCUUCUGCACGCACGACGCCGCCACAGUCAUCAAGACCUAUUCGCCGGAUUUGAUCGUUCAUCCUGGAAUGAAGGUCGACGACGUCAUUCCGGUCAUCUGGAGUCGCAAAUCUAUUUGACGUCAAAAAUGGGUUCAGAAGUUGGAAAGACUCACGACGCUGGUUCUUGGACCCGGAUUGGGCCGCAACAAAGACCUUUGGCCUCUGAUAAAAGGCGUUUUUAAGCUGGUCAAGGAAAAAGGAGCUCCCGCUUGUUAUUGACGGGGUUAAUUUUUUUCAGAAAAAAAUUGGAUAAUGAAAUGUUAAAAAAAAUUUCUUUUUUUUCCUUCCUUUUUUUUUUGAAAACUGACCUUUCAGGAUGGCCUGUGGUUCGUCGCCGAGGACUCUUCACUCCUACCAAAAUCGGAAAGUAUCGUUUUGACGCCAAACGUGGUUGAAUUUUCUCGACUCUGCAAAGCUGUGCUGAAAAAGGAGAACGUUCUUGAUAUCAAGGUUUCGAGAUCUCAAUCCAUUUUACUUUUGAAAAAUGUAUAAAAUUUUCAAAUUUCACAAAAGAAGUAACGCCGUUGUUGGGAAUUGUAUUUGAUUAUUCACGGUUUUUAGUUGAAAUUGUUUUCUUCUUGUCAUAGCCUGCUUUAUACUUCAAAUUACGAACCUGGUCAAUUUAUUUAUUUUUUUUAUUUAUUUUUUUAGGACUUCGAUGAAAUUCGACAGUUGGCCGCUAAUUUGAGCCGAGAAAUGAGAGUCGCUAUUUAUUUGAAAGGAAACUCCGACUUGGUUGUCACGCCGGAUGGUCGAGGUUUCUUUUUCAUUUUGAAAUAUUUAUUUGAUAAUUUUCAGUGUCGAAAUGUGAUGCAAAAGGAAGCAUGAGACGAUGCGGCGGACAAGGCGACGUCACGGCCGGAACUUUGGGACUUUUACUGUCUUGGGCGAGGAAGUCAGCAGAAUUAAUCCUACUCCUCAAAGCUAUUUCCUUCUUUGAAACGUCAUAGGAAAAGUCGGAAAGACCCUCCGAGGGUCCACAGAGGUCCAUAUAAAUGUUCCUUUUAGGGUGAUGAAGGGUCCCUUUUUGCUGCCUUUUUGCACCAUUUUCUCAGCCCUUAUGUACCAUUUUUGCUGCCUCUCCCUUUUUCAAGCCUUUAAAAUCCCAGAAAGAUGGAAGGCUUGAUAAAGGGACUCUUUUUGCGGCCUUUUUUGAGCUUCUCCCUUUUAGCGGCCAUUAUCCACCAUUCCGCCUGAGAUUUAGUCUUUAAAGUCUUUUUUACAUUUUCUAACGUUUUUUUCGGGGUGAAGGCGAUGUAAAUUUUAAUGAAUUGGAAGGAAAACCUUUUUUGCACCAUCUUUUUUCUGUUUUUUUCAUCGUUUUUCUAUAUUUUGUUCAAUAUUUUCUCUUCAGAACUGGCGCCGACUGGACCACUUCACACCACGACGCCGGGGUCGCUAGCAGCUGGCUGGUGCGAACCGCAGGACAUCGCGCUUUUGAACGCGAAGGCCGCUCGAUGAACACCCCCAACUUGCUCGAAGAACUGCCGCGGGUCUUGAGAGACGUCGAGACGGCCGAAACUGUUCCUAACAACAAGUAGUUCAGUAAAGUUAAUAAUUAUAGCCAAUUCUCUGCCAGUAAAUUUUUUUUUUCUCGAACUUUUGAACGUCUAUGUUCAUACGCCUCAAUUUUUCCCAUCCACUAGAAAAUCGAAAUAUCCACGCCCUUUGAGAGUUCAAAGAGAGUAUAGUCAAUUUUUCCCGACUUGAAAGGCGAAGGAGGCGGGACGCGUAGCGUGUGCGUACGCGGUUCUUGGCACGAGUCCAAUUCAAUUGCCGCCGACUAUUUGAAAAGCUCGGCAACCGCUCUUUUUCAAUGUUUUCUCUCACUAUUUUUUGAUGCACACAUGAACAUAAUCAAUAAAUAAUUGAAAGAGGAAUGAAAAAAGCGAAAAACAGGCUUUUCAAAGAGUCGAUGGCGGUUGAAUUGAACACGAGAGUUUUUUCUUGAGAACCUUACAAAUAAAAAUUUUUUUUUAAAUCGGUAGAUUUGAAGUUGCAAUCGGAGUAGAUGCUCCAAUUUUUCGAACAUUUUCCUUGUUUGAAUUUUUUUUUUCUUCCAUUAUGACAAUCUCAAGUUGAAUUUUCUCUUUUUUUGACAGUAUAUUUUUCAGAAUCUGA